UGCCCUGAAAAUCAGUACCUAGCAGUGCCACCCAUCACUGCCUCCAUCAGUGCCACCAAGCAGUGAUGCACAGCAGUGCCUAUCAGUGCUGCCCAUCAGUGUUGCCAGUCAGUGCUAUGAGUCAGUGUCAUCAGUCAGUGCUAUCAGCGCCACCAGUCAGUGCUGUCCAUCAGUACCACCUAUCAGUACCCAUCAUUGCUGCAUAUCAGUGCCUGUCAGUGCCCAUUAAUGCCAUCUGUCAUUGCCCUCAGUGCCCAUUAAUGCCAUCUGUCAUUGCCCAUCAAUGCCACCUGCCAGUGCCCAUCAGUGCCACAUCAAUGCCGUGUAUCAGUGCCUACCAGUGCACAUCAAUGCCACAUAUCAGUGCCCAUCUGAGCUGCCUUUCAGUGCCACCUAUCAGU